AUGCACAGCCUACGCACCUUCAAAAUGUUCUCAUCGUUGUUGCCACUGUUCUUCAUUCUUGGAGUCUCUGCAGAUGACUCGGUUGACGUUUUCAAUGCUGAAAGAACGUUGGACGACUGGAACAAUCUCCUUCUGAACAAAGAUUUUGUCUUUGUCAAUUUUUAUGCCGAUUGGUGCCGCUUCAGCAAGUUGCUGGCUCCUCAAUGGCAGCGCGCAGCAAGUAUAAUAGCCGAUGACUCAGCCCUGUCGCCUAAAGUACAAUUCGCUCGAGUAGACUGCGAUUCGAGUCCAAUGGAUGAAUUGUGCAAAUACUACAACGUGCACAAGUAUCCCACGGUGACCUUGAUAAAACAUGGUAUACGGGGAAGAGGUUCAGAAUACCGAGGAUCUAGAAGUGCUGAGGGACUCGUGGAUUUCCUCAAGGCACAAGCAAGGGAUACAGUUUCAGUUGUGACAUCGUCCGAUUUGUCGCACAGCUUACAGCCACGAGAUGUCGUCCCUGGAACGGGAGAAAAGUACGAAAAACCAGUCAUCAUUUUUGCUAAAGUCCCAGAAGGCCACGAAGAAAAUGUGGAUCUUCUAAGGAAAGUCAGCACGCAUUUUUUGGACACUGAGUGCAAUUUUCACGUCAACGUGGUCCCAGGAGAAUUCGAAACCAGUGUAAUUAGCUUUGAUGCAGUCUCUGGGAAUGAAAAAUCUUUUCCUGGCCAAAUGCAAAACUUUCUGGAGCUUUUGCAAUGGGCCAGGUCCCAAUGCGUCCCAUUGGUCAGAGAACUCAUGUUUGAAAAUGCUGAAGCACUGACAGAAGAAGGUUUACCUUUUCUGGUUUUGUUCCGGGACCCUGACGAUGAGGCAAGCUUGCAAAUUUUUCGCGACAUCAUCAAUGACGAACUUUUGGGAGAGCAGGACAAAGUCAACUUCCUAUAUGCUGACGGAUUCGUUUUCGAACACCCUUUGAAGCACUUGGGAAAAACUUCGCAGGACUUUCCAGUGAUUGCAUUGGAUGAUUUCAACCACAUAUUCGGCCUUCCAACUGAUGCAAACUUUGAAGACCCAGGGGUACUGAAAGCAUUUAUUCAAGAUCUUCAUUCUGGGAAAUUGCACAAAGAUUUCCAUAGCGGGGAACCCCUAGCCAUAUUAGAGUCAGUUUUUCAGAGAUUAGUACCAUCUAGCAGACGGUACUCUGUUCUCACGAAAGAUGAACUUUGAGUCAAUUGAAGAAUUUCCUUCUUUUCAA